CAUCUCAGUCCUCUCUCUCUACGAAACACUUUGCCCUAUCAAGUGGAGUGGGACAGACUACUCAACAAGCUUAUUGCUUUUGGAAAAACAGAUACAAGGGAAAAAAAAAAAAAGGAGAUAAGAGUCAGAGUGAGAGCUGAGAAGUUUCCCACGCAAUGCUGAAGAGAAGACAACCCCUUCUUCAAAGGUUCUUCAUUUUGUUCAUAUUAUGUAGCAUAAUUGCUUCUCCAGAAUCUGCAACGCUAUUGCCAUCACCCGAUGCUACCGCUCUUCUGGGUUUUCAAUCUAAAGCAGAUUUGAGAAACAACCUUAGAUUCUCUCAGAAUGCAAGCUUUCACUUUUGUGAUUGGCAAGGAGUCACAUGUUACGAGCAAAAAGUGGUACGUCUCAUUUUAGAACAUCUAGAUCUUGGUGGCAUUUUCGCUCCCAACACAUUGUCCCACCUUGACCAGCUCCGAGUCUUGAGUCUCCAAAACAACUCCCUCGCCGGUCCAAUUCCUGAUCUCUCAGGGCUCAUCAACCUCAAAAGCCUCUUCCUUGAUCAUAACUUCUUCACUGGUUCUUUCCCUCCUUCAAUCCUUUCCCUUCACAGGAUAAGAACCCUUGAUUUGUCCUACAAUAAUAUCACUGGCCCCAUACCAAGCUCGUUAGCUUCUCUAGACCGGUUAUACUAUCUCCGGUUGGACUGGAAUCGGUUCAACGGAACGGUUCCUCCAUUGAAUCAGUCUUCUCUUAAAACCUUCAGCAUUUCCGGGAACAAUCUCACUGGUGCAAUUCCAGUGACCCAGGCGUUGCUACGGUUUGGUUUCUCUUCUUUUUCAUGGAACCCUGGUCUUUGCGGGGAGAUUAUUCACAAAGAAUGUCAUCCAAGGCCCCACUUUUUUGGUCCCACGGCUGCCGUGGUGGCGCCGCCGCCUGCGGCUGUUCUUGGUCAAAGUGUAGAAGUGCAUGGCGUGGAGUUGGCUCAACCAAGUGCUAAUAAGCACAAGAGAACUGCGGUUAUCAUAGGGUUUUCUGCUGGGGUCUUUGUUCUCAUUGGUUCACUUCUUUGCUUCGUCAUGGCGGUAAGGAAAGAGAAAGAUAAAAAGCAAUCAACGGCUGUGAUCGAAUCUGACGAUGGGGCGACCACAGCACAAGUUGCAGCGGUGAUUCAAAUGGAGCAAGAGACUGAGUUAGAAGAGAAAGUGAAGAGAGUGCAAGGAAUGCAAGUUGCCAAGAGUGGGAACUUGAUAUUCUGUGCGGGUGAAGCGCAGUUGUAUACGCUAGACCAGCUGAUGAGAGCCUCAGCUGAGUUGCUUGGGAGGGGAACCAUAGGGACCACGUACAAGGCAGUGCUUGAUAAUCGUCUGAUCGUGACGGUCAAGAGGCUUGAUGCUGGGAAAUUAGCAAGCACAACGAAGGAAACGUUUGAGCAGCACAUGGAAUCGGUUGGUGGUCUAAGGCACCCCAAUUUGGUGCCUCUGAGGGCUUAUUUCCAGGCCAAAGAAGAGAGGCUUCUUGUCUAUGAUUAUCAGCCCAACGGCAGUCUCCUCUCCCUCAUUCACGCGGUGGAACAUGGUCGUCGGAUUCGGAUUGGAUUCUGAUGAUGUUAAUGGGUCCCACGUUUACAUUUUUGUGGAACCCAAUGCACACUCCACUUACAUCGUCAGAGUGUAGGUAGACGGUCC